UUCAAUAUUAACUCGAGCAGCAGGAGGAGGAUUUCUGGGAUUUGUUAGCAGUCUUCCAGCUCUGUGUGAUGUUCCAGGGCUUUUCAGGAUUGUAGCCUUUGCCACUGUAAAGAAUGGGAGCAGUACCAGCACCUCUGCUUCUUACACUUCUAUUCAGCCAAGUGUUCCAGCUUACACUCUGCUAUGAAGUUUUUCUCGAAGAGAAGAGGGCUUCUCAGGUUAUCCGUGCAAAGAGAGCAAACACACCUUUUGAGGAGCUAAAGAAAGGGAAUCUGGAAAGGGAAUGUAUGGAGGAGAUCUGUGACCAUGAGGAAGCUCGAGAGGUGUUUGAGGCCAAUGAUAAAACGGCUGCAUUUUGGACCACGUACUUAGCUUGUUCUGGCAACACGGUACAGCGGAAUGUGGAUACUGUCCGAGGAAUUCGAACUUGUGUAGAUCAGAAGGGUCGCUGCUACAUUAAUACUGGGGAACACUACAGAGGUAAUGUCAAUAUCACUGUCUCAGGAAAGCCAUGCCAGUACUGGAAAAGCAACUUCCCUCACAGAAUCACCGAGUUCAAUACAACAGUGCUGAACCUGCCAGAGAAUUUCUGCAGGAAUCCAGAUAAGAGAGACAGUGGACCAUGGUGCUUCACCAGUGACCCCACUGUCAGGACAGAGAAAUGUGCAGUAGCAAAAUGUGGUGAGAAGUUACCACCCACUGUCCACCCAGUCCAAGAAAAGGAGGUGAAAGAUCGCUACCAUCAAGACAACUGUAUACAGGGCACUGGGGAGAGCUACACUGGAACACUGUCAGUGACCUUGGGUGGCCACACCUGCCUGGACUGGAACCUUCCCAAAGUGAAAGCUUUGAGUGUGGGUAAAGGUUUCAAUUCAGAGGUCAUUCUAUUGAAAAACUACUGCAGGAACCCGGAUGGUGAUAUGGAGGGACCAUGGUGCUACGUGAAGAAGGCGGAAAACAUCACCAUAGAUUACUGUGAUUUGGAGCUCUGUGAUGCUCCUUUAGAUGGGGAGGUAGAUGGUGGUAUUCAACAAAGAACCGUUGGAGCCAAAAGGGACACUUUCUUUGACCCUACCAGCUUUGGCCAGGGGGAACUGGAAUGUGGCGAGCGACCCCUGUUUGAGAAAGAAAACAAACAAGAUGCAACAGAAAAGGAGCUCAUCGAAUCCUAUCAAAAACGAAUUGUACACGGAGAGACUGCUGAAGUAGGAAGUGCACCAUGGCAAGUGAUGCUGUAUAAGCGUAAUCCUCAAGAGCUGCUGUGUGGAGCCAGUUUGAUCAGCGAUGUGUGGAUCCUCACCGCUGCCCACUGCAUCCUCUACCCACCAUGGGGGAAAAACUUCACUGUUGAUGACAUUCUUGUGCGACUUGGAAAAUAUGAGCGGGCCAAGUAUGAAAAAGGUACAGAGAAGAUUGUGGCUAUUGAUGAGAUCAUUGUCCAUCCUAAGUAUAACUGGAAAGAGAAUCUGAACAGAGACAUUGCUCUGCUGCAUAUGAAGAAACCUGUCGCCUUCACCAAACAAAUCCACCCCAUCUGUCUUCCCACCAAGCAGAUUGUAAACACUUUGAUGUCAGUCGGCUACAAGGGUCGUGUGACAGGCUGGGGGAACCUGAAAGAGGCAUGGACAUCCAACCCUCAAAACCUUCCAGCAAAGCUGCAGCAGGUCCACUUGCCCAUCGUGGACCAAGAAACCUGCCGCAAAUCCACCUCCAUCCGCAUUACGGACAACAUGUUCUGCGCAGGUUAUAAACCUGAAGAUAAAAAAAGAGGCGAUUCCUGUGAAGGAGAUAGUGGUGGACCUUUUGUGAUGAAGAAUACUGAUGAUAAGCGCUGGUACCAGAUUGGCAUCGUUUCAUGGGGUGAAGGCUGCGACCGGGAUGGGAAAUACGGAUUUUACACUCAUUUGUUCCGUAUGCGCCGCUGGAUGAGGAAGGUCAUCGAGAAAUCAGAUUCUACUGAUGAUGACUGAUGUUCUUAUGAUAAUAAUGAGAGCUUGUUGUGUUCUGCAAGUAAAAUGUGAUUAUUUUCAGUGUUA